GGAAGCAUCCUUCAAAGUUUGACUAUACAUUCCUAUAAUUUUACGAGCCAAAAUACAAACUUUCGUAACAUUUGAAAUGUCAGAAAAUAUGGCAUCGAGAGGAGGGCCCAUGGGGUCAAAGAAUGGCAAUGUCUCCAGACAGACAGUGUCAGUUCGGCGUGAAGGCACCUCUCAAAAUCAAAGCAACAGGACAAUGCAUUCUCCAACCCCGAGCACUGCUAUAUCGGUGCGGAGUUCCAACAUGCGAUUACACCUCAUCGCCCCAACAGAUAAAGUUGUUAUUGGCCUAGACUACGGAACAACAUUCACAUCCGUCUCUUACAGCAUUGUUCCCAUCAACUGUGGUAAUAUGAAAAGCUCUGCUAAUGAUGUCUUGAGUGUGAUUAACUGGCCAAGCGAUGGAGAAGAUGGCGAGAGGAAGCAAGUUCCAACGGAGAGUUGGUACUCCCCAGAGCCGGUCGAGCGGCAUCGGAACGAUGAAGAUAAGAUAUUUGAUGAGAAUUUAUUCGAUUUAUCUCAAGGAAAACACCCAUUGCUUCUUAGCGGAGUAGCUGGGGAUACCAUCAACGAUCCCGAAGAUUCGGAAAUGGAAGAUGAGCUUGCAGUCGAUUUUCUUUGGGGUUACGGCGUGCCAUAUCAUAUGUACAAGGCGAAUUCAACACGAAGUCAGAGACGUCUCGUGAAGAGAGCUAAACUCAUGUUGGUGGAAACCGAGUACACCAACGAAGAUCGAAAGGGUCUUCGAAGGACAUUAACUGGCCUUCUUAAGGAAGGUAUCAUACGCAGACAUGGUAAACGAUCUAAAACCGAAUCUGAUAUGUGGGAUGCUGUUGACCCAAUAUCGGAUUAUAUCGUGAAAGUUUUACAGCAUACCAAAGAACAAUUGAAACACCUUCAUAGGUUUACUGAUCAAACUCCUGUGGAUUUCGUCAUGACUGUGCCUACUGUCUGGUCCCCGGAAGCCUCCCGUGUACUUCAAACGUCGGUCAAAGCAGCGAUCCAAGCCACUGCCUUUGGAAAGCCUUGGGGUACAACUGCGGACAAUGUUUUCCUCAUCUCUGAACCAGAAGCUGCUGCUACAUUCCUCUUAGAAAGUUCAGAAGAUAUAUCUCUUGGCGAAACUUUCAUUAUUGCUGACUGUGGUGGUGGCACUGUUGAUGUAGUUACGUAUGGAGUCAGCAAUCGUUAUCCACUACGUUUGAAGGAUGAAAAGAUCCAGCCUAUUGGGGAUAACUGUGGUUCUAGUUAUCUCAAUGAUGGCUAUAGAGAUAUGUUACUUAAUCGCCUACAAGACGAGGAUUAUCUCUUCAAGAAUGGCGAUACCCUUGAGUCAAUUGUCAAUCGAUUGAUACCAGACUUUGAAAAUGAAUACAAGAGACGAGUUAACGUCAUGGCGAGAUGUGGUCACAGGGUUUACAUAGCUGGCUUGCACGGUGAUGAACAGAUCAAUCGCGUUGGUCUAGCUGCAAAGCGUUUCGAGGCUAACUAUUUACAAAUGAAUUUGGGCGAUUAUAAGGAAAUUUUCAAUCCUCUUCUUAAGCGUGUCUCAAAUUUGCUCGAGAACCAGAUUGGACAAGCUGUGGAAAAGAACCUAGUGGUCAAGAAAGUAUUCCUUGUUGGUGGAUUUGGUGGUUCUCCUUCUUUGAGGUGCUAUCUCAAAAACUGGCUUGCAAAGAGAUCGGUGAAACUCACCUUCGAUAUUGAAUUGGUAGCAGAUAGACACAAAUGUAUCACAGCUGUGGCAUCAGGUGCUGUUCUUCGUGCUCUUGAUAAGAAAAAUGGACCAGAAAGAAUUUCCCAAUCAAGCUAUGGCUUCCUCCGCCAUGAGCCAUGGCAACCUCGACUAUAUUCCGGACAUGAAAGAGCCAAGCCCGAUGAGAGUGAAUUGGAUGGCGAAAAAUAUGUAGCCACGAUCGAUUACUUCAUGAUCAAGGGAAGCCCAAUCCGUCCAGAUCAUAAAUUUUCUCCUUUUCCUACCUAUCACACCUUUCCAGUUGACGAAAAGAAAUUUCUCUGUGAAGAAAUUCUCUAUGUUUCCGAUAGCGCUACAGAGUCUCACUACAGUCGUAAGGAUCUUAAAAAUGCUAACGCACAAAUCGCUGGCCGCAUUAUCGUAGACAUGACAUUUCUCCGCGACAAAGGCAUCAUCACACCUGUAUACCCAGAAGAAGGUAAGGACGGGAAGGAACACUAUAGAGUUGAAUAUGAACUAGUGGCCAAGGUCGAAGGAAGAGCUCUCAGAUAUGAAGCGAGAUAUCCAGCUGGUGAAGGUGGGAAGGUACGAGGCCAUGGACAAUUUAGUAUUGCGGCUGCUUUUAGGGAGGGAACUGCUUAGAAUGCAUUGCAAUCUAUGAUUUCGUGUAUGUUUGGGAAUAUUGGAUUGGUUAGUAGUAGUAUCAGUUAGGGUUGAAAGAUUCA